AUGAUCGCAUUCCUUCUCAUCAGAGGAACACACCGGAGCAGAGCGGAUCAGAACAGGACAGGAGGCUGUUGGUGUGAACAGCAGCGGCUCCUCUCAGACCGUCAGCUCCUCCUGGGGACGCAGCAGCAGGUCACAGCGACACCCGGGAUCCAGGAGAUGAAAGGACCAAACAAAAGGAAGGCUCCAGGAGUCGGGCUGGACCCUCCGCUGGAGGGGCCGCCCACCAUGCGGGGCCCGCCUGGCUGCAAACGGAGCAAAGGCACAAGAUGUUCAGUCUCUGGCGGUGAGCAGAUCUACCUCGGAGUUCGUGUCAGAAUGCCGGUUAGGGAUCUGCUGAAAAACAUCCGAGUGCCCAAAGACAUGAACCCCGAUGACUUUAACGAAAGAGGCUCGAAAAAAGGCUCUGGAAACCAGAAACGUGCCAGAACUCGCGCAAGAAAGAAAGUUACCAGGGCACAACACCCUGUGAAAAGCCUGGAGGAACUGGCGAUCAUCGUCGAGGUGUUGGAAGAGGACCUGAGAUCUGGCUGCACUCCUCUGACCCCAAACUCCCCUCCUUCUGACUCCACUACCUAUCCCGAACGGUCUCCAACCGGUGUAAAUUCCGGUGACGAAUACGAUGAAAUCAUUCCCAGCCCAGAAUCCUACAUGGCCUUCUCUCCCAGCGCCUCGGCACACAACCUGGCCUGGACCCGACCUGACUGCAUGUUCCUCAGCCUCCAGCCCUCUGGUGUCACUGAUGCACAGAGCUACGGUGGCAGAGGGGAGGGCUGGUUCGAGCCAAAGAACAGCUGGGAUCUGAACACUUCUGCCUUCUUCUGGACACAGCUGCAGAAAGAGGAGAGCCGGCUGAGGAAGACCUCUGAUGCUGAGCUGCUGACCACCGAUAAGCAUAGCAGGACACUUCUGCACAAAGUGGUGUGUUUGGGAAAGAGAGCACAGGCGUAUGCCAUCGCCAAAAGAAUGUCUGCAAUCAACAGCCUGGACCUCAAAGACUCUGAUGGAAUGACUGCCCUCCUCUAUGCGGCAAAGCACAACCAGCACCUGAUGGUGGCGGAUUUGAUCCAAUUGGGGGCAAACGUGAACGAGACCAACAACCUGGGAAAGUCCUGCCUGCACCUGAGUGCUGAGAAUGGCUACAUCAGAGUGUUAGAGGUUUUAAAACAAGGAAUGAUGGAUGGGCUGUAUAUUGAUGUGGAAGCCACUGAUAACGCUGGGAUGAGCGUCCUCCAGUGUGCCGCUGUGGCUCUGAAGGCCAGCAUAAGUGAGGUGGACAGCGGCAUGUCUCUGAGUCACAGCAGACUUCACGCUCUGCGCCAGGAGCACAUGAUGGAGACACUGAAGUGUGUCCUGCAGAUGGACAGCUUCCUGCAUGCUGCUGCCAGCUGGUCUGCUGCAGAUCCAGAGUACACUGUACAAAGCUGGCUGGGCAGCCAGCAUGUUUGCCCUGCAGGGCAUUUUGGAACCCCAACAGUAAUGUUCUGAGUUUGUUCAAGCUUGACUUCAGUCAGAGAGACUACAAAUAUUUAGUUUCUCACUAAAGUAUAAGUUCAGGCCUGUCAUGUAUGUGAAGCAUCUGUUAGGCUGUGUGUGGUUGCAGGUAUCUGGCUUGUAGUCAGUUCUGCACUAAUGCCUGCACAGAAAAAGCAGAUGCACCUUCACUGGUUUCUGUGAAACUUCCAUUGUUUGUUACAGUUUCGUAACAAGUUGUCUCUUAACAACUGCGUCCUAACAGACUCCAAAGUAAAAUCCUUUGGCUUUACUUAAAGUAUUCUUGGGUGAUUGUGCCUUUCCAAUAUAUUUCUUGAGAAUUAUUAUGAAAUGCUGUAAAAGAAUAUUUGACUCUUCAUUAGCGCGUCUCCGUCAACAUCUUCUUACGCAUAUUUUGAGGUAUUUCAUUAAAAUAUGUGGACGGAAACAGCAAAAUGUUAAAAAACACUUCAUUUUUGGAAAAAAAAAAAAGAGUUAAGGGGGCAGUAUUAUGUAAAAUCAACUUUUUUAGCUUUACAUUUUGUUAUAAUGUUAUUGUGUUUCGUCGAUUCAUUCAUUCAUGCAUAUUUGAGAAAUCCUCUUAUCUCCUUGGAACCAUUCAGCUGUGCAAAACAUCUGGGUGGACUUAGCUCCGCCUUGGAGGCGCAACUCCUCCUCAUAGCUGCAGUUUCCUUGCUACCAAACUUCUGCCUUACAGAGCAGCCCACUCCACUCAGCUCCUACAGACUAGCCAGCAGCAAUUAGCAAACACCUGGUGGAACUGCUGCAUCUGCUGAGCUCAUUAUACGAGCUACUUGUCAGUGAAAUGCUAAUAAAGUGCUGCUAAAGGGGUAAUAGAGAGCAGUGUCGUGAUGGCUCCCUGAAGGCAGACAUUCAGAUAGAGAAGGAAUUUUUAAAGGGACAUAGGCCCAAUUUGAAGGCAUUAAAUAUCAAAGUAAAAUUUCCAAGUCAUAUUUGAUAUAUUUAGUAUUUUUAUAACAACUGAAUAUAACAUAGUUACAUGAUUGUGUUAUAAAAUGGCACAAUAGCCUAGUUGAUUCUCUUCAAACCGGCAGAUGGAAAGACGGCUAAUUCUCAAUUUCAUUUAUUUUUCUUUUUGGGAACAUUUUAAAAAUGUGCUCAAUAUUUGCAUGACUACUUGAUGCAAGAACAGCUAUUGACCAAUGAGAGUUGUUCCUCAUUGGUCACACUUUAACUGCAGGCUGGUUUAAGAUACGAUGUACAUCCUGAACAUCUGGUUAGUGAGUUGAAUAAGCACAAUCACAAUACAAAUGUAAACCAUGUGAAAGGUUUCAAUAAAAGGCACCGGUUUGAUUAACUGAAUGGAGAGCCAAUGAAAUCCAAGAAAAAAAAAAAAAAGCCAAAAAAUGGAAUCAUGUUGGAUGUCUUAAGGACUGUUGUUUAGAGCACAUUAAAUAGUGAGUUGUUAUGGGAAAGUAUUUCAGUUACACUUAACUUCUUUCCCAUGACUCAUUAAAAAAAGUUGGUGUGUGGAGUUUUUCACUUGGUCAUUAUUUUACCUAAUGUCACAUAAAGAGUCUUUCUUUAUGAAAUGGAAUAUUUUUGAUAUCCUCUUAUUGUCCUUGGAAUAUUUAGGUGUUGUUUUUUUAUCAUUACACUUUGAAUUUUAAAAAUUCUAAGAAAAAGGAGUUUAAAACCUUAAUAGAGAGAGGGAUGUUUUCUCACCUAAUAUAUCAACACUUGUAAUUUUUUUUCCUACUUUGGUUUUUAAGUGAAAGGGGAAUUUUUUAAAAUUAAUUUUCUGACAAAAAAAAUCCCAUUUAUUGUAUUAGUUCUGCUGAAUAUGUUUCUGUGUUUGCACUGUCUGUUACUGUUUAUACUAUUAAACAGAUUAGUUUAUGGGCUAUUUUUUCUGAUUUGUGGUGCCAUGUUGUACUAUCACAUGAUUAUGUUUUAUAAAUAUGAGGAAAAUUGCAUAUUAUAUUGGGAAUAUAGUAUAUCAGUAAGGGUUGUUAUGGGUUAUGUAUACCUUUCUUUGGAUGAAUGACUUUUUGAAUAUCUCUAAUACAAAACAUGUAAAGAAUUUUUUAUUUGUUAUCGUAGUUUCUAAUUACAGCUACUUUUUUUGUUGUUGUUUUAAAUGUAUUCUGAAAUUUUUGCUGUGCUUGUCAAAGUCAUAUUUUCCACUGGCAAACAGGGAGCAACUGGGAAUCAUGGAAUCAUGUUGGAUGUCUUAAGGACUGUUGUUUAGAGCACAUUAAAUAGUGAGAAACCUUACCUUCCUUAGAAGGUAAGGUUAAAAAAAGGUUAAAAUAAUGUUCGUAAGCGGUACUGCUUACGAACAUUAAGGCGUUGUCAUGUUGUGGGCAUUGUCAUGUUGAAACUCCUGCUUCUUAUCUGGAACUCUUUAACGUCAAGUCUGAUGCCAAACCUGUUAAGACACCUCAUAAAUUACUGAGGAGUUAGUUACUAAUACCACAGUUUUAUCUCAGGCUUUACCAGGAUGACAGAUUAAAGUUCUGACCUGGAUUGUUUUCUUUUCUCCAGUAGUCCAUUAAGUUCAGCUUUUAUUAUAAGGACUGUAUUUACCUUUAUCCAUCAACAUAAGCUCACGCCUCCCUUUGGCUAAGUUCUAAUCCAGAAACAGAUGUUCAGCUGCUUCGAACCAGGCUUUUCUCUCCAUAAUUAUGAGCAGUCCACGUAAAGCUGGUGAUUAUACCUGAGAAGGUUCCUAUAGGGAAUAAAAAUCCAGAACACAAUAAAGAUUUUUAUUAUAGUAUAUUUUGCUUCUCUUUUGAGUGUAUUUUGUUCAUAAAGAACACAAUGUGUAGCUUUUAAAUAUACAUUCUGUUUAGCUUAUAAAUGCAUGGGUUUUGCAAUUCAAAGUCAACAGCUUUUCAGGCCUACAGCUAUCUGCCUACAUUGUUGAUUAAAAUAUAUCUUAUAAUCCCCAAAGCAUUUAAUAAUAAUUUGAUGUCUUUUCUAUUCAUUCAUACUUAAAUAACAUUUUGUAUGUAUUUUUAAACAAUAAAACGGAAUGAUUUUAACAGUAUCUCGUUUAAAACGGUCUCCUCCCUGAAGUCUGAAGCAUCGUUUCACAUUAAGGCGCCUGAAUUCAAAUGGGCCAAUCAGCGCGCUGCCUCUGGCACCAAAGCAGAUAAUGUCAUAAAGCUCAACAUAAG